AAAUGAUGGGAGAGAAGCUGAGCGUGAAAUGCAAAAAAGAAGAGAAGAAAGUGACAAAAUCCCAGUAAAGCGUGACAGUGCCAGCUCCCUACCUCAACCCCAAAGUCUUGUGCUUUUCACAUCCCCAUUUUCCCCAUUCCCCUUUCUGCUUCCUCUUUCUUUCGCCAAAUGGGUCAUCAUCUCCUUCUCCCAUAACACAAUCUUCUUCACCUUUUCUUUCUUCUUCGCUUCCCUUCGGUGGGGUUUCAAGUUUCACCAUAGGAAUAGGAUGUUUUCUAGGUUGAUUCAUCCCCAUGAAGGCCAGGAAGACAUGCAGGGUGGUUCCAACCACGCUCACCUCGGAGACCCUUGUCUUGUUCUCACCUCUGAUCCCAAACCUCGUCUUCGUUGGACCGCUGACCUUCACGAACGCUUUGUUGAUGCUGUCACUCAACUUGGGGGUGCCAGUAAAGCCACUCCAAAAGCGAUAAUGAGGACCAUGAAUGUCAAGGGUUUGACGCUCUAUCAUUUGAAGAGUCAUCUUCAGAAGUACAGGCUUGGUAAGCAAUCAGGAAAAGAUUCUGAUGAGGGACUCAAAGAUGGAAUGUCAGCUUCAUAUCUUCAAGAAAGCCCUGGUACUGAUAACUCUUCUCCAAAGUUACCAGCUUCUGAUGCUAACGAGGGUCAUGAAGUCAAGGAGGCAUUAAGAGCUCAGAUGGAAGUGCAAAGUAAACUACACUUACUAGUGGAGGCAGAGAAACACUUGCAGAUUCGCCAGGAUGCAGAGCGGAGAUACAUGGGCAUGCUUGAGCGAGCGUGUAAGAUGUUGGCAGAUCAAUUUAUUGGGGAUGUAAUUAUCGACAGGGAUGGCCAAAAAUUUCAAGGACUGGAAAACAAAACAUCAAGAAGUCCCCUAGUUGAUCAUGGAGGCUUUUUUCCCGCAGCGUGUACUGAGGUGGGUGGAAUGCAUGUUUCAGAAGUACCACCCAUUCUCCAGCCUCAAGGGGCUGAGUGCUCCAGUGAAAGUUGCCUAAAAUCACUUGAGAGUCUGGGAGGGUUGACACUAGAAGGAUCUCCCGGCGGAUCAAAGAAGAGGAUGCUGAACUUGGACUCAAUGGUAGCACCUUUGAUCUGGAGCGAAGCCAACACCAGAACUCAAGGAAUCCAUUUAGCCCAAGUUAAUCCUCCAGGAAUGACUAGGUAUGGCAUGUAGGUAGGAUAGGGAAGGCUAGUUCCUCAUGAAGAGAGUUGAGGACAUUGUGCUUUGUUCCAAGCUUUUAGGAUGAAGUACCGAGUUAGAUUCUUAUCUGUUCUUGCCCAUCAAGUUGGUGGGAAUCAACUUGUCUCACAUCUUUGUGUAAAUUGAAAAUACCAUGUGGCUUAACUUGGACUAUCACUACUAAAGGUUGGCGCUGACCAUUGACAA